AGGACUUGCGCUGAGCAAGUUAGCUCCACGGGAUAAAUAUCAAGCAUCAAAGGGAGAAGAAACCCAUUUACAUAUUUGACCGUUAACAAGCCGUCGAAGUUUGAAAUGUUCGCGCCGUUCUCUCAGUAUCAAUUGCCUCCUCCUCGUCAACAACAUGGAAGAUUUCCAAAGAGAAUCCGCAGAGCUCCCAAGGAACCCCAUCACCCCCUUCCUGUCAUCACUCCAGAACGCACAAUCCUCAAAUUCCACCGGCUUCUCUCUGAUGGCGCUCUCACUCUCAAUUGUCGCACCUUCCGCUCCCUCUUUAAAGCAUGCCGUGUUCUCUCUGCCUUGGAAGAAGGCCGGCAGUUCCACACGCAGGCUGUCAAAAGAGGCGUCCUUUGUGAUGUUUUUGUUCAGAGAUCUCUUGUUCGAAUGUAUGCAAAGUGCCUUGCUUGCCAUGAUGCUCAUAAACUGUUUGCGGAAUGCAACGUCCCAGAUGUUGUUUCUCAGAAUGAUUUAAUCAUUGGGUUUAUAAAAAUCGGGGAUUUGAAGACUGCCCGAAAGGUUUUCGAUGGAAUGGGUGAGAGAAAUGUAGUUUCUUGGAGCAUUAUGGUUGAUGGGUAUGCAAGACAUGGGCAGAUGGAGAUUGCUCAGGACCUCUUUGAUUCAAUGCCUGAGAGGAAUGAGUUCUCAUGGAAUUCAUUGAUAUCUGGGUACUUGAGAUGUGGCAGCGUGGAAGUUGCUCGGGGCAUCUUUGACCAGAUGAGGCCAGAGUGGAGUGUGAUCACUUGGACAGCUCUGAUAUCAGGAUAUGCACAGAAUGGCCAGUUCAAGGAGGCCUUGGACCUUUUCCUCGAGAUGCAAAUUGCAGGUGUGGCACCGAAUAAAAUCACGCUUGUGAGCAUUCUUCCAGCGGUUGCACAGCUUGGUGCUCUCAGUCAGGGGAGGUGGAUCCAUGCUUACAUGGACAAGAUGGGUAUGGAAGUGGAUUCGGUCCUUGGUUCGGCUCUUGUGGACAUGUACUCAAAAUGUGGCUGCAUUGAGGAUGCUGUUGGCAUCUUUGAAAAGCUCAAGCAUAAGGAAUUGUCAGCUUGGAAUUCUAUCAUCUUUGGUCUUGCAGCCCAUGGUCGUGGCAGGGAAGCCCUUUGUUUUUUCUCAAGAAUGCAAGAGGAUUCCCUUAGGACCCCUAAUGAUAUCACGUUCAUUGGUGUUUUAAGUGCUUGUGCACAUGUAGGUUUGGUCAAUGAGGGCCAGAUGAUUUUUGAUCUCUUUACCAAUUACUACAAGAUAACUCCGAACAUAAGACACUAUGGGUGCAUGAUUGACCUUUUAGCCCGUGCCGGGCUUUUGCAAGAGGCAUUGGAGUUUGUGGAGAAGAUGCUGGUGGAACCUAAUGCAGUUAUCUGGAAGACCCUGCUCAGUGCAUGUAGAAUUCAUAAGAAAGUUGAAGUGGCUGAUCGUGUAUGGAGAAAAAUAAUUGAAUUGGGCCCUCAAGAUAGCGGGUUUUACACACUUAUCUCUAACAUUUUCAAUGAGUCUGGGCGAUGGGAUGAUGCGGGAAAGGUGAGAAGGAAGAUGAAUGAUUUACAGGUUCGGAAGAUUGCAGGUUGCAGUUGGGUGGAGGUGGAUGGGGUUGUUCAUGAAUUCUUGAUGGGCAGAGAGAGUUUUCAUGCUCAAAGCAGAGAAAUUCGUUGUGUAUUAUAUGAGAUGGAGAAGUUAAUCAAAUUGGAAGGAUGUAAUGCCGAGCAGUAGAGUUAGCUGAACAAAAGUAGAGAAUCAAUUAAAUCAUUAACUCAAAAUAUAUAAUACUUUGCUAGAAUAUGAUGAUUGGUCCUUGAGGUGUUUUGGAAUUGGCAAGCAGAGUAGAAUGAUUGCCAUCUUUAAAACCAGCCUAGCAAGUUUGUACAUUCCAACAGCAUUCGGGAACAACUCAGAGGUUUUACAUUGAUCUUCACAGGAAAAGGUGAUAAGAACUGGAAUCUGAAGUUAAAAAUCUUGACCAAGAAAUAUAAAAAAGGAUCUCCAGAGGACUGGCAAGUCCCGGUUCAGAGCUCCUUCAUUGCCUGGAAGAGAAAGGAAGGUGAGUCAAUCUUGACCUUCCAAUAAUUCCCUUCUUCUCUCCUUUAAGACGUCCAACUAGGUGUCCAUCUAACACAUCAAUUGUUCCUCAGUCUUUGUAUCAAAUGCAACCUUAUGGUUGGUAGUUUGUUUUUUCUUUCUUUCUUUCUUUUUUUGCAUAGAUGUAAUUAAACCCACUACAGAUUUCUAGGUUGAGAUUUGAGCAGUAUGCGUAUCACUAGCUUCAGAUGGACCCUUGAAAUCCUACAGUCCUGGACCAGUCAGAGGAAACCAGGUGUCCACAAACCAGUCUUAGGUCCACUAGAAAGCAAAGGCCAUGAAGGAGGCUCACAUGGCAACUGAGCUGGUAAUAAAAAUCCACUUAAAGGCUCUGGCCACUGCUAAGCUGGUCCUGAGUUAUUAUUGCUUUUGCUAUAAAAUGGGAUUGGUACACCACCUCACCAUCCAUGCAAGCUCCUUUGAGUGACCAAGACAUGGAGAGGUCUACUAAUGAGAUGGUGCUGAUCCUUGCUCUCCUCCUGGCCACCUUUGCAGUGUGCCUUGAGGGAAGAAACAUUCAGAGCGAGCCUAAACCUUACAAGCCUCAGAAUUUCUUUGGGUUUGGGGGCAUCAUUACUUCUCCUGGGCUUGGUGGUGGUGGCGGCGGCGGCUCGGGUAUGGUUCCUGGGGGCUUUAGUUUUGGCACGCCGAUCUUUGGAUCCAGCCCCAUCGUUGGAAGCGUGCCUGCAACACCUGGUGCGAGCAUCAGAGCUCGUCGAGGUGGAAAGCCAUGACUGGAUUGCUGAUAUUGGACCUUUUUCUAUGUUCACUAGGUAGAGGGCGAUGUAGAGCCUUUUAGUUUGUUAAAGUGUGCUUUCUAUUUUUGUGUAGCUUGUUAAACUUAUGAUGCUUUGGAGCUCAGAGCAACUGUUGUUUUAGUGUAGUUUAUCUAGUGUGGUAACAUGCAACCAUAUCAGUGCUUUUUAGUACUCAAUGUAAACAUAUGUAGCUCA